UGUUUAAGUUCACCAAGGAUGUCCCCAGUAAGCCAAUCUGGUCGCCUACCAUAUUUGCUUUUCUUGCUGCACAUCGGUAUGGUUUCUUCCUGUGCCUUUAAUAAGGCUUCUUUAAAAUCCUGCCAUACACACAGAUCCAGACAUGCCAAGAGACAGACCUAUCCACACACAAGGAUAGACAAACCGACCAAACCAGACAGGACCAAACCCAGACACACAGAUCCAGACAUGCAAAGAGCCAGACCCGCCCACACGCAGGGACAGACCGACCGACCCAGACGGGACCAAACCCAGACACACAGACCCAGAGGUGCAGAGUCAGACCCGCCCACAGACAGAGACAGACCGACCGACCCAGACGGGACCAAACCCAGACACACAGACAGACCCGCCCGCACACAGGGACAGACCGACCGACCCAGACGGGACCAAACCCAGACACACAGACAGACCCGCCCGCACUCAGGGACAGACCGACCGACCCAGACGGGACCAAACCCAGACACACAGACAGACCCGCCCGCACUCAGGGACAGACCGACCGACCCAGACGGGACCAAACCCAGACACACAGACAGACCCGCCCGCACUCAGGGACAGACCGACCGACCCAGACGGGACCAAACCCAGACACACAGACAGACCCGCCCGCACUCAGGGACAGACCGACCGACCCAGACGGGACCAAACCCAGACACACAGACAGACCCGCCCGCACUCAGGGACAGACCGACCGACCCAGACGGGACCAAACCCAGACACACAGACAGACCCGCCCGCACUCAGGGACAGACCGACCGACCCAGACGGGACCAAACCCAGACACACAGACAGACCCGCCCGCACUCAGGGACAGACCGACCGACCCAGACGGGACCAAACCCAGACACACAGACAGACCCGCCCGCACUCAGGGACAGACCGACCGACCCAGACGGGACCAAACCCAGACACACAGACAGACCCGCCCGCACACAGGGACAGACCGACCCAGAUGAGAGCAAACCCAGACACCCGCACACGAACAGACAUUUCCGUGUCGCUGGGGACCAGUUUCCACACAGCAUCACGUACCCCAGCUCCAAUCCAAGGUCCCACCAGGGCCACAUCCUGACCUCACAGGGCAGCAAGAGCUGAGAGGCCCGGGAGGGCUCUUUGGCCAGUCCAUCCUUGCAGCCUAAUUGCACACCCCGGCUUCAGCCUGGGCUCGCCGAAGGUGCUAGUGCGCAUGGGCCGUCAGGUGGCAGGGGCCAUGUGCUCCAACGGGACCUGGUGCCUCCCCGCGAGCGAGGCCCAUCCCAGAGAGCCUGGGCCGAUACAGGGUAGGAGGUGCCAGGUUCCGACCGGCUGCUGGGACUGGGCAGGGAAUGGCGAUCCACGGAGAGUCGGAGCUCAAGAGGAGACAGAGGAGAACGGAGGGAGAGAGACCAGCGCUAACGAACUGCGGGAGCCAGUUCUUCUAGCCCUGCUGCACAGAACCUGCCCCCAGCCUGGGACCCCAGCAGG